CCAAUGGAAUUGGGAAGCAUAAUCCACUUCCUUCAGGACAAGAAUAUUUUGGUCAUUGGUGCCACUGGCUUCAUAGCCAAAAUUUUUGUGGAGAAGGUGCUUAGAGUUCAGCCAAAUGUGAAGAAACUUUAUCUUCUUUUGAGAGCCAGAGAUGCCGAAUCUGCCUCAGGACGACUGCAAAAUGAGAUUAUAAAGAAGGAGUUGUUUAGAUUGUUGAAGGAAAAUCUGGGUGCAAAGUUCGAUACCUUUGUUUCAGAAAAGUUAACCGUGGUGCCUGCAGACAUUUCUCAGGAGGACUUGAAUUUGAAGGACUCCUUUCUACGGGAAGAAAUCUGCAAUCAAACAGAUGUUAUAGUUAAUUUAGCUGCUACAACUAAUUUUGAUGAAAGAUACGACGUGGCAUUGGGUAUAAAUACAUUAGGAGUUAAGCAUGUCUUAAGCUUCGCCAAAAGUUGUAUUAAACUGAAGGUACUUCUGCACGUAUCAACAGCAUAUGUAUGUGGGGAGAGAGGAGGACUUAUACUAGAGGACCCAUACCAGUUAGGUGUGUCGCUAAAUGGAGUACCCGGACUUGACAUUGAUGUGGAAAAGAAAAUUGUAGAGGAGAAGUUAAAUCAGCUUCGAGAAGAGGGAGCCACAGAAGAUGAUAUUAAGAUGGCCAUGAAGGACUUGGGCAUGAAAAGAGCAACUAUGCAUGGAUGGCCAAACACAUAUGUCUUUACAAAGGCAAUGGGAGAAAUGCUUGUAGGAACUUUGAAGGAAAACAUGUCCAUUGUUAUUGUACGUCCUACAAUUGUUACUAGCACUUAUAAAGAACCUUUCCCUGGUUGGGUUGAAGGAGUAAGAACCAUAGACAGUUUGAUUGUUGCUUAUGGCAAAGGAAAAUUAACAUGCUUCAUUGCAGAUAUUAAGGCAAUUUUCGACGUGAUACCAGCUGACAUGGUCGUGAAUACAAUUCUAGCAGCCAUGGUGGCUCAUGCAAAUCAGCCUGAUGAUAUCAUAUAUCACGUGGGUUCCUCUGUUGCAAAUCCAGUCAAAUACCAGAGUCUCCAAGACUAUUCCUUUAGAUAUUUCACUGCAAAACCUUGUGUAGACAAGGAAGGAAAGAUCAUCAAGGUUGGCAAAGUUACAAUAUUGGACAACAUGGCUAGCUUUGAGAGAUAUAUGUUCAUCCGUUACUUGCUUCCAUUAAAGGGAAUAGAGCUAGCCAAUGCAGCUUUAUGCCAAUAUUUCCAAGGAAUGUAUCUUGAUAUGAGCAGGAAAAUCUAUAUUGUGAUGCGAUUGGUACACCUAUACAAGCCCUACGUGUUCUUCAAUGGCGUAUUUGAUAAUAUGAAUACAGAAAGGUUGCAAAUAGCAGCAAAACGAGGUGGGGUAGAGAUGGAUUUGUUUUACUUUGACCCUAAAAUGAUUGAUUGGGAGGACUAUUUCAUGAAUAUUCAUAUUCCUGGGGUUGUCAAGUAUGUCGUCAAGUGA